AUGAAGCUGCGGAACGUGAUUCAGCAUGGGCUGAGAAGCUUUUCCAGCGGAAAAGUGGCAUUUUCGAGAUUCAGAAGCGCCACAACUCCGACGCUCAAAGAAAUCGGCCUCCUUCUACCCUCCACGAACACAACGCCGACUUUUGAAGCUGGACAAAUCUUCAUCCAUCGUACAUUCGCCUAUAAAGGCGUCGUCGUUUGUUCGUUUCCAUGCAGGCUUCAUGAGAAACGCAGUCAGCAAAACGAAAAACAUCUGACGACUCGCGACUUCUAUCAGGUGCUCAUUCAUCGUCAUGAUUGGAGCCAUAUGGGAUUUCCAGUGGAUAUCACAUCGUAUUUGGUUGAUGCACCCAUGGAGAAUAAGCGGCACGGGCAGAAAAUGUUAACGUUGAUCAACGGAAUGGAUUGUGUUUCCCAUGAAGACAUCAUCCCUUUCACGCCUUCUGGAGGCGUGAAUUUCGACCACGACCUUUUCGAUCUCAUCUUCAACGCCGCCCACGAUGGAACUGGGCUCUACAACGUCGCCAUGAAGCCAGAGCUCGUUGAACGAUACACAAACUCCAAUAGAUCGUGGCUGGGCCCGCGUGACGUCUACCGGGAACGAACUGAGAACAUCGAGGUGACGGUGAUGACGUUCUAUCUUGGCGCGAAUAUGGUUGGUGGACAGCAGCAACACAUGUGGAGAUAUGUGAUUCGAAUUGAGAACAAGAAGCCGGAGAACGGGGUGAUUCUAAGGGAGAGGACGCUGAAGGUGUACUCGUUGAACAAUAUGAAUCAAAUGCAUGGGCAUGGUGUUGUUGGAAAGCAGCCUGAGCUGAAUGCUGCUACACCGGCUUUCCAGUUCAGUAGCACGCUGGAGUUGAAGCAUACCAAAGGAGGUCAUAUGUGGGGACGCUUCAAAAUGGAACGGGAGAAUGGUGUGCUCUUCGAUGUUCACAUUCCAACGAUUGUGUUCGAGUCUACAGAAGAAAUCAAUGAUACCCCGAUUGAGACUCCUGAUGCUGCAUAA